AUGGCUGCAUGCAUUCAUGUCAAAGUUCAAAACUCAGACGAAUCAGCUCAGAUCCAGCUUUUGUGUGCUAAAACUAAGGUAGCACCAUUAAAACCAGUUACAAUUCCUCGGCUCCAACUAACUGCUGCUUGGAUGCUCUUAAAGCUCGUGAAACAUGCUCAAGAAGUGCUCGAAUUAGCUCAAGCUCCUAUCUAUCUAUGGACUGAUUCAUCUGUAGCACUAACAUGGAUUCUUAGUCAUCCAUCUAAGUGGAAAGAAUUCGUGCGAAACAGAGUUUCAUCCAGUCAAGAGCUAAAUCCAACCACUAAAUGGCUCUACAUCCCUGGAAAACACAAUCCAGCGGAUUUUGCCUCUCGUGGCCUUACUCCAACCCAACUAACUGACUUCAAGCUCUGGUGGAAAGGACCUGAAUGGCUUAAAGGCUCAUUUUCUUCUUGGCCAGCUAAACAGUUCAAACCUUCAGCUCUUGCUCACAAAGAAGAAAGAUCAGGCGUCUUAUUGCACGCAGCUAAAGCUCCAUCUGAAGAAGAUCAUCCAUUGUGGUCCCUUCUAUCAAGAUACUCAUUGCUCUCCAAGCUCUCACGCAUUACUGCUCUCUGUCUACGCUUCGUCGCCUUGCUUAGAGGAAAAACCACCAGCUCGUUAGUUCACAAUCCUAUAGCUCCACAAGAACAGCUCGAUGCUAAGCUCAUUUGGGUGAAGAUCAUACAACGACUUCACUUCCCAUUUGAAUUAAAAACUCUGCGAGAUGGGCUUCAAUUACCAUCAUCGCACUUUGUCUCUAAGCUCGCAGCUUUCGCUGAUCAAGAAGGUAUACGUCGUGUUGGUGGUCGCCUAAUAAACUCUGAGCUCGAAGAAGAUGAAAUCCAUCCGAUUAUACUCCCAGGAAAAUCCUACUUUUCACAGCUCGUUAUUGAUCAAGCUCAUCGACGAACGCUCCAUGGAGGAACUCAAGUUACUUUCAUUCAUGUUCGGGAAAAGUUUUGGAUCCUAGAAGGAAGAGCUCCUAUUCGUUCAUUUAUACUGAGAUGCGUGAUCUGUGCUCGACGUGCUCAACAGCUCAUGGGCCAGCUCCCAGCUGAUCGUGUAGUACCGGUUCGACCAUUUCACACUACUCGGGUAGACUAUGCUGGUCCCUUCACGCUCAAGACUUUCCAGGGAAGAGGCGCAAAAACAUACAAAGGCUGGACAGCUGUUUUUGUCUGCUUCGAGACCUCAGCUGUUCACUUGGAGCUGGUGUCAGACUACUCCACAGAAACCUGA